AUGCUUAGGCGUAUUGAUUUAUCUGAUAACGAUUUGGAAGGUACAAUUCCUUUCCAAAUUGGGUCUCUCGCUAAGCUUAAGGUUUUCCGUCUGGACAACAACCGAAUCAGUGGAGAAAUCCCAAUUUCUGUGCUGAAUUGCACAGAGUUGAGAAAUAUUUCUUUGAUUAAUAACUCGCUGAGUGGGGUGAUUCCAUCGGAGAUAGGCGUCAAGCUUUCCAAGCUAGAGUACCUGCUUCUGCCACAAAAUAAACUCAGCGGGGUGAUUCCCAAAUCGCUGGGAAAUUGCUCGAGGCUUUCUGUGCUUGAAUUUGCGUUGAAUGAAAUGAGCGGCGUGAUACCUCAGGAAUUGGGUAAUCUUCUCUGUCUGACCAACCUCAUUCUGUUUUGUAAUCAUUUCGUUAGCGGAAGUGGAAGUGCGAAUGGUGUUCCAAUACUGAAUGCACUUACUAACUGCUCCCUGUUGAAAAGGUUGGAUCUGACAGACAAUCAUCUUGAAGAUAGAUUGCCUCCUUCGCUGGGUCUGCUUUCUCCGCUUCUCUCCAUUUUCUCCUUAGAAAGCAACGGCAUAAGAGGCAACAUGCCUAAGCAGAUCAGCAAUCUCACAGGACUCACAGAAUUGUUUUUGGGUGGUAAUUCCUUGGGCCGAGCCAUUCACUCUGCGAUAGCGAGGCUUACCAAUCUAGGCCUGUUAAAUCUUAGUCGCAAUCAAUUGGAAGACCCCAUUCCAACGGAAUUGGGUAAGAUGAAAAGCCUGGAAUUUAUUUAUCUGUACAACAAUUCGCUAUCUGGAACAAUCCCAAAAGAGCCUGGGAAGACUUGA